GAACUAAAAUGUAAGGUAAAAGUUGCUCUCGCAGUUUUCUAAAAAGUAGUUAAAUAUAUACAAUAAAUUGUGCAAAACAUUUACAAUGCCUUCCCUAUACUAGAUUUAAUGGGUAACUUUAACUCUAAAUAAACACAAAAACACGGAGCAGCAACGACAAUUACUAUUUCUACACAGUAAACGGUUUUCCUACAUACAAAAUGAGCGGACGCGGCAGCCGUAAACGUGGUCGCCCGCCAAAGACGCCAAAUGACCGUUCAUCAUCGGGCCGUUUUAAUUAUCAGCUGCUCAAGAAGCCAAAAUAUUUAAGCGAGGGCAACAACAAGUCCCAGGCAAGCACGCCAUCAGCAUCGCGCGGCAUUUCUCCACAAAGUGACGAAUGCAGCCGUAGCAGUAAUAACAAUCACAAUCGAAGUCGUGGAAGUGGGAGCACAGCUAACAAAAGGGGACGCGGACGGAAGUCCAAUGUGAACGUUAAUGCCAACAGUAGCUACUCUGGUUCGGCUAGAAAAGGUUACGAAUCGGAAUACCAUUACGGAUCGGAUUUCGGAGAUUCGGAUGAUGAUAAAUCUUAUAACGAAGAUGACAUGCUCCUCACACCAAGUGAUGAUGAAAGUUUGGAAGCCGGCAAUGAAAGUGAAUCGGAGUUCUCAGUGUGCAGCUUCACUCAAAAUGGUGGAGUUGGUCGACCACCUCGUCCGCCAAGUCCAGAUCCUUUAUGGUUGCAAGAGAGUCGAGAAUUCGAGCCGCUCGAGUUGCCUGAGUCAUCGGAAGAUUUAUUUAUUGGAAACGAGCAUGUUCUGAGAGCCCUUAGUAUUUACGAAGUAUUAAGACGAUUCCGACAUCUGGUGCGCCUUUCGCCUUUUCGCUUUGAAGACUUCUGUGCAGCCCUCGUAUCCGAAGAACAGAGCGCUUUGCUUACCGAUGUUCACAUAAUGCUACUUAAGGCGAUUUUACGCGAAGAAGAUGCCCAAGGCACUCAUUUCGGACCGUUGGAUCAAAAGGAUACUGUGAAUAUAAGCCUGUAUCUAAUUGAUGCCAUUACUUGGCCAGAGGUUUUGCGAAGCUAUGUGGAAAGUGAUAAAGAAUUUGAUCGUAGUGUCUACACAAUUCUCGGUCGUGACGAAUAUCCCUAUACAGAAGUCGAGCAUCGUUUGGUUGUGCUGCAGUUUUUAGCCGAUCAAUUCUUAACAGCAAAUUCUGUUCGCGAUGUCAUGUUGCAGGAAGGCCCUAUACACUACGAUGACCAUUGUCGGGUGUGCCAUCGCCUAGGAGAUUUAUUAUGCUGUGAGACCUGUCCCGCUGUGUAUCAUUUGGAAUGUGUUGACCCACCUAUGAACGAUGUACCAACAGAGGAUUGGCAGUGCGGGCUUUGUCGUUCCCACAAAGUGAGUGGGGUAAUUGAUUGUGUUCUACAACAGGAGAAGCAGGGUGUUCUGAUACGACAUGAUAGUUUGGGUGUUGAUAGACAUGGACGUAAAUACUGGUUUAUUGCUCGCCGCAUUUUUGUCGAGGAACAACAUAUGGACAUAGGCAGCAGUGGAUGCUGUUGGUAUUACAGCACAACAAGUAAACUGGAACUUUUAUUAAAGCGUCUUGACCCAGUGGAGUUAGAGACAAGGCUUUAUGUUCAGCUGAUGGAACGGAAAGAUGAAAUUCAGCGUCAGAUGAAGUUGACCCAGUCGCUAACGAAUGAGAAUAAACAUAGCGCCAACAAGAGGACACUUUUGGAUAUUGAGCAAACCACUACUCAAGAAUUACUACGAAAGGAACCCUGCAAUUCAAACAAUUCCUUACAUGAAGACUUGGAGAAGUCAGAUGACAAAAUUGACGAUAUUCAAAAGGCAGAGGAUAUUGGAAAUAAAAUGGUUACGCGGCAGAAAACACAUCAGCUGAAUAACGGUACAUUGUAUUUUAAACUUGGUAUGGAUCAAGGAUUUAAAAGCUAUGUUAAUCAGUAUUCAAGUAAUCCAAUAGCUCUAAAUAAACCACAGCGCAAUGAAGAACGUGAUAAACGACGCCAUUUAUCACACAAGUUUUCACUAACGACAGCUUCUGACUUUAAAUGGAUUGGCAUCACGAUGGGAACACCUGAAAAUAUGAUUACAACUCUACGGCAGACCUUAAUCAAUUUUGAGUCAAAUAUUGCAGCUUCCUUUUUAAAUCCCAAUUGGAUGCUGAACAAAAAGAUAUGGAAUAAUGCUGUAAUGAACGCUCGACGCGCCACAGAUUUUGCUGCAGUCUUGCUUUUGUUUCAAUCGUCAUUAAAAAGUGUCGUCUUCGCUAAUGUUUGGCACGAACAACUUGGCCAUACCAGUCUCCAGCGGAUUACAAGUGCUGAGCGUGAGGAGCGCAAGAAAUUGGAGAAACGUGAAAAACGCGAGCGUGACGAUGAAGAAGAACGCAACCGAUUGGCAUUCAAUUAUAUAAAAUAUUCCUUGGGACUGAAGCAUCAAGUGUGGAAACAAAAAGGCGAGGAAUAUCGUGUACACGGUCAAUGGGGCUGGCUCUGGCUAUCAAGUAGUCGACGAUGUGGAGUACGUGCGAGAUCCCGACGCUCAAAUUCUCUUGGCUUUAGUCGAAUAUAUGUGCACUACACAAUGGGAGAAGAAGAGCAAAAAGUUAACGAAAUAAUAUUAGUUGAUCCACGAACUCGACGUUUCAUGCUGCAGUGCGAGAAUCGUGGAGUAUGUCCUCACCCGCAAUUGCCGGAACAGUACUCAAAUGUCAAAGUCAUAAAUGAUGUAAGCAAUGAAAUGAUAAAUGAAGUAAGCAAUAACGUCAAAGGACAAAUCGAUGUAAGCAAAGCCUUAAAUGCUCCAGGUCGUAUAUAUUAUCCAAAAGUUGCGCGUAAAUGUCGGCGACUCGAUGAUUUACUGGAGAGACGUUUAAAGCUAGCCGAAGCUGAGGAGCAAAUUGCAACAAAGGUGGAGUCAACUGAAUUAAAAUUAGCCACACCCAUACAUGUUUCUGGAGUAAAUAGUAAACAAACGUACCUAGAAAAGAGAAUGCUUCGACUCACUGAAUCCUCAGUGGGAAAACUCGUCGGUACGUCAUCAAAUGUUAAUCUUGAUCUUGUUAAUUCGUUGGCAAAGCAAAUUCAGACAGUUCGGUUACAAUUUAGUCAACUGAAUCGCUUUGCAAAGACUUUCCGAUGCUAUACCAGAGACUGCAAUACAAAUUCAAACGCUGUUUCCCAAAUUACUCAAAAUACUUGUUACUCGCCGCUUUGUUUGCAAAAGGCGCGAGCCAAAAAGGAGCUUCUAUUAUUGCUGCGAAAAGCACAUACUGCGGGAAAUGGAUCUAAAGAAACAGUAGCAGCUAUUUUGGGGGCGGUCAAAAAACCUUCUUCCAUUCUAGAACAAAAAUUAACAGAGGGAAGAGGAAAAGGAGAAACAAAUCAAUCAAUACCAAUUGAUGAUUCUGACGAUGCUAAACUUGCUAUUGAGGUUGAAGCCCCUUUGGAUUUGCUACAAGAUUGGGAGCAGGCGCGAUCACACGCUAUAUUGUUUACUGAUAAUUUGCUCAGCGAUUGUUUGUUAGGCGAGCCGGAGAUGGAUGCUAUUGCUGCUACAGUAACCGUCGUGAAGGAAGAGGUAUCAGGUGCAGUAGACUCAAACACACAGGAUUCAUCUGACAAAAUGGAUUAUAUCGAAAACAUGGAUGUCUGCAGCAAUGUUGAAAUCGAAAGUACCGAAGAUUCUUUAGUGGCUGCGGCUAAUAUAACUGGCACUAACAUAGCUAAUGCUAAUGUGGAAGAUAAUGAUGCGAUUUCCGGUGCCGGGUCGCGGCGAAAGCGCAACCAAAAAUCAAAGAAGGCAUAUAUUGGUACCAAAGAUGUGCUUGACCAGACAUUGGAUAAAGAUAUACCAUUAAAUAAACAAAAUCGUCGGUUUCCCAUUACUCCCCGUCCAGUUAAGCGUGAGGAUAGCACAAAGUAUGAUCGUGAGUAUUUCAAAAAUGGUAAAGAGCGCAUUUACAGUGCCUCUUCAACCCGUGGACGCCUUUAUCUUCAUCGCGAUGUCGCCAAGUUGUAUGCGCAUGAACAGGCAAUUAAGUCGGAAAACGAAAAUAAGAUCAGUGUCGACAAAAAAACAGCAACAUCGCCUACAUAUGACCGAUAUCCACUUAUCUCGAAUUUCCUCACUCAUAAACAAAAGCGUAGUUUAUUGGUACUCCCACGAUACGAAUUGCUUAAGCUGGCUCGCUUGGGCGGCAAGUCGGCAGCCAACGGUUUUCACCAUGCCGCCAAAAAUAACUCCAUUUGGCAGUAUCAAUGUUCGCGUCCACUAUUCCGUACAUGCUGGUCAUAUCGCACAUCAAGUGCUACAUCGCUGUCCAGCAUUGCGUUACAAUUACGUAUUUUAUGGUCCUGCUUGCGUUGGGACGAUAUGAUUGCCAAGCCGCCGUCUACAGAUGGAAAACAUCAAGUAACUACAGAAACGGAAAUUGUUACCCUGGAAUUAUUGAAACUUCGCCAUGCCGGCCGUUAUGGUGAAAAAACUAGUUAUUUGCGACGCAAAGUUGUUAUCCCACUUGAGAUGCCCAAAACUAUAAGGGAGGUCACAUCCAUCCGUUCUGGACUUCGAAAACGGAAACGCGCUGAAUCGCCACAGCCUACUGAACCACAAAUCAGUGAGGAAUGGGUAGACGAGGAUAAACUUGAACUGUGGGAAAUAAAAUUCAUUGGCGAGAAACAAGAAAAAGCACGUUUGUCUGCUGUAACGCGUUCAGUUGCAUCUCGACAACUUGAUUCGAUCACUACCUCUUCAAUACCAGGCAGUGGUGUACCGGGACGUAUUCUCCUUGCGCCAAAACCUAAUGAAGAUAUUAAAGAGAAAAUGGAACAACAAUUAAAACUGCAAAGAGCAGCUCAUCAACAACGCAAAGUUGUUGAGGUGACUCGAUCAUCAACUACAGGUGGAGUUAAAGGACAAGUAAUUGGCAGUAGACGUGUUAUAGUUAAGAAUCCGGAUGGAACAACCCGAAUUAUUCAGCAGGCAGUUACACAAGGUGCUCGUCCCGCAACAACGACUACCAUUGGAACAUCCACAGCUGCUUCGGCUUCGACAGGGUCAAACACAUCUAAUAUUGCACAGCCUAGCACGCCAGCACCUACGGCGCCUACACCACAUAAGGUUCAAAUCAUACGUGGGCCCGAUGGCAAAGUAAGCGUGCGAGGCCUUAAUCCAGGGCAACAACUAGUACAAAUGCCGGAUGGGAAAUUACAUGUAUUGACUACUACAACAUCAUCAGCGAAUGCUGGAACAGCAGGAGCAAAGAACAAGGUACCAAUCAAAUCACUUUCUACUUCGGCAUCAACAGCUGUUGCGACUUCGUCGACGUCUGUGAUUAAACAAAUUUCUGUAAAACAUGCCACAAAAACAACUUCUGGAACUGCAUCACUGGCGUCCUCACAACGAAUUUCCUUACCACUGGCGCAAGUUAAAAAUAAAUUAUUAAUGGCUCAACAACAACAACAGCAACAACAACAACAACAACAGCAGCAACAACAAAGUAUACCUCCACCGACUGCAACAUCUACUCCUAUUCAAAAACUGGUGCCAAAAGUACUAAAUUCAGCAUCCGCCGGUCAAAACCUGCAGCAGGUAUUUGUUCAACCUGGUUCCAAAUUAGUUGUUGGUCAAAAUGCGCAAGGACAAAAGGUGAUCAUAUCCGCUUCACCUAAUCAGUCGCAGCAGCAAUCCUCAACAUCGGUUCAACAACAACAAAUUCUACCACAACAGUCAACACAGCAGCAAUCACAAGUUGUCGUCAAUCAGACAGGCAAUAAUCAACCGACGCAAAAAGUCAUUCAACAGAUUGUCAACACAAGUAAUGUACAGCAGCACAUUGUUGUUGGAGGGCAACGUAUUAUUCUUAGCCCUGGACAAACAAUAGUUACGCAACGGAAUGUUCCACAAAGUCAAGCCCUGCAGAUGGUGCAGCAGCAAAUACAAACCCAGCAGCAACAACCUCAACAGCAACAAUAUGUGGUGCAAGCCAAUCAAACACUUCAAUCGUCAACAUCUGCAACGUCCGCACCAGUACAAACUAAAAUAGUUAAACAGCUGGUUGUACAUCAACAGCAGCAGCAGCAACAAAUUAUAGAAGAAAAACCUCAUACGCAGUCCUGUGCUAGCUCAAACGCAGAGGCCAACGAUGCAGCUGGUACAGGAUCUACACAGCAAGUGAUUGUUCCAAACUCUACCUUAGCCCAACAGUUGGCACAGGGGAAAUUGCAAGUAGCGACAGUAAACGGUCAGCAGGUCAUAGUUAAGCCAUUGGGCAACAAUCAAGCACAAAUUGUAGCUCAUAUUAAACACCAAGGUGACGGCAAUGCGCACAUUGUAACUAAUAAUGCUACCUUACCAGCCGUAACUCACGAGAGCCAACCGUCUCCUGUGAAGCCGCAAGCGCAGCAGCAGACUAGUAUUAUACAAAAUAGUCCACAACAAGUGGUGCAACAGCAGGAUACUAAUUACGAAAGUGCCCCAGCACAUCAGCAACAACAGCAGCAGCCUUUAAGCGUAGAAGAAAGUCUCCUUCAAAAUCAGCCACCUGGUACAAUCAUUAAAUGUGUGACUGCACAAGUGUUGCAAACAGAACAUGGGCCUCGGAUUGUAUUGCAAGGUUUGGUUGGCAAUGAUUUUACGGCUCAACAGUUGCAGCUUGUGCAGACGCAGGUUAAGCAACAGCUUAUGAAAGCUCAAGAAUCCAAUGGAAAGUUAGGUGUUUUGGGUCCAACUAAAAUCUAUUUGGCCGUUCAGCCGGAAACAACAACGGCAACACAAUCGCAACCACCUCCGCUAACACCAGUUCAUCAGGCGGCUGCCCACCAACAAACCAACAACGACGCUACCUCGCCUACAGCCACUAACAACAUCAGUACCAAAAAUGACAUAUUAUCAGCAACUACCACAAAGGUCAAUAAACACGAGCAGCUCAUUAGAAGUGCCGAAACUGAUCAAAAUAUUACCAAAAGCAACGACGAAACCUUUAAAACAACAUCAUCAUUGCACGGCAUAGAGCAUGACAAAAUAUUUGAUCGGGCUAAUAGUAACACAAUAGGUAAAUGUACGAAGAAUGAAAAAACAGAGGGCUUUGUAGUGACCAGUGGCUAUAUACGAGAGUCCAUUUCAAAUGCACUUAAGCAAGGUGAUUUGAGUCCAGAACUUGAAGAAAAAUUAGAAAGUAUGCGCAAAAAACAAGAUCAUAAACAAGAGUGGCCAUCACCCACUUGGAGCAGUAGUGUUGAUGUAGCUGUUAACCGACGACGCACUAUAACACGUCAGCAAAAUAAUGAUGACGCAGAAUGGAAAAUCAGGCCUUCAUCUAAACGUCAUCAUGAUGCAAUGAUAAGCGGUGGUCAAUGCAACCGCAUUCUGAAAAGUAGUCGCAAGCAACAAGUUGAAGAUGUAUCCACACUUGGAGAACAAAAACAAUUGCAGCUGGAUCGCCAUAAGGAACUCCUUAAAAAGAGUAUAUUACGUAAACGCUCGCUUUUGGAAAGAAAUCUCCAAAACGAAAUUCGUGAAGAAGUACAAGCAAAAGUGCAGAGACAUGUGCGCGCCAUGACCGUACAUUCUCCAGACGAACAUAGCGAAAACGAACGCUCAUCAACCUUUGAAGACCGUCUUACAGAGCAUAAUGUAGAAACUAAGCGACAAGGUAAAUUAACAACCAGCCGGAAUCUCAGUGCAGAAACAAGUGCACCCAAUAAUAGACACAGUGUUGGUAGGCCAAAGAAACUGAAAAGAAAAAAAGAAAAGCUGUAUUGCAUUUGUCGCACACGCUAUGAUGAGACUAAGUUUUAUGUCGGCUGUGACUUGUGUAGCAAUUGGUUUCAUGGCGAUUGCGUUAACAUUACAGAGGAAGCUUCAAAAAAAUUAUCAGAAUUUAUUUGCAGUGAUUGUAGAAAAGCGAGGGAGACCCAACAACUGUAUUGUAGUUGCCGCCAGCCAUAUGAUGAAUCGCAAUUUUAUAUUUGUUGCGAUAAGUGCCAGGACUGGUUCCAUGGUCGUUGUGUUGGUAUAUUGCAAAGCGAAGCUGAGUUUAUUGAUGAAUAUGUUUGCCCGGAGUGUCAGAGAAAUACCGAUGCCAAUGCAGCUAAUAUGAAGAGUCUAACCUUAAAUGAAGUUGGCGAGCUAAAAAGCUUAAUUAAGCAAAUUCAGUCACAUAAAAGUGCCUGGCCUUUUAUGGAGCCGGUUGAUCCGGAAGAAGCUCCAGACUAUUACAAAGUAAUCAAAGAGCCGAUGGAUCUCAAACAGAUGGAAACAAAACUCGAAUCCAAUAGCUAUACCAAGCUAUCAGAAUUUAUUGGCGAUAUGACGAAAAUUUUUGAUAACUGCCGCUAUUACAACCCAAAAGAGUCGUCAUUUUACAAGUGUGCCGAAGCGCUUGAAUCGUAUUUUGUGCAAAAAAUCAAAAGUUUUCGCGAAAAUGUUGUUGGUCAAUGUAAUUGAAAUCCUUCUCUUACAGUUAAGCCGCUAAAAAGUUCUUCAAAGGUUAAAAAGAAAUUUCAAGAUUUUUGUAUAAAUACCUUUAUAUACAUAUA